AUGUCAAAUUAUCUUGGCAUUGACCUGGGUCCACUCAUUAUAGAUGAUGAUUAUUCAGAGAGAACGCCAGAAAUGACGUCAUCUUUCCUUGUCUCGCUAUACACUGUUUAUGGUCUUCUGUUCCAUAUGGGCAAUCUAUUAAAAAAUUCAGAUGUUGAUGAUGAAGAAGAUGAUGAUCUUUCACUAAGUGCUGUCUAUAAUACUAAAUUAGAGGAAGAGAGUUCAGAGGGCUCCCUGUACGAAGGCAGUGCAGAAGAGGAGGAGGUUGAAGAAGAAGAUGACGAAGAUGGUGAUGGAGAUAAUGAUGACGACAAACCAAACUCCAAAGCACAAGCCGGAAAGGAGAACUCUCACGGCGAGCCCGAGGAAAGUACUCGGGGCAAAAAACGAAAACACGAAGACGAAGACGAGAAUUGA